GCGCGCCCCGCCGCCCCCGCCCGCCUCCCCGCCGCCCCCGCCGCGGCCCCGGCGGCAUGAAGCUCACCGACAACGUGCUGCGGAGCUUCCGCGUGGCCAAGGUCUUCCGCGAGAACUCGGACAAGAUCAACUGCUUCGACUUCAGCCCCAACGGCGAGACCGUCAUCUCCAGCAGCGACGACGACUCCAUCGUGCUCUACGACUGCCAGGAGGGCAAACCCAAGAGGACUCUGUACAGCAAGAAGUAUGGAGUGGACCUCAUCAGAUACACGCACGCUGCCAACACGGUGGUCUACAGCUCCAACAAAAUAGAUGAUACAAUACGAUACCUGUCGCUGCACGACAACAAAUACAUCCGAUAUUUCCCGGGGCACACGAAAAGAGUGGUUGCUCUUUCAAUGUCUCCAGUGGAUGAUACUUUUAUUUCUGGAUCCCUCGAUAAAACUAUUCGACUUUGGGAUCUCCGCUCUCCAAACUGCCAGGGCCUAAUGCAUCUCCAGGGGAAGCCUGUGUGCUCUUUUGACCCAGAGGGACUGAUUUUUGCCGCUGGAGUCAAUUCUGAAAUGGURAAGCUUUAUGAUCUCCGCUCUUUUGACAAGGGUCCAUUUGCUACUUUUAAGAUGCAGUAUGACCGAACAUGCGAGUGGACAGGUUUGAAGUUCAGUAAUGAUGGCAAACUCAUCCUCAUAUCAACCAACGGAGGGUUCAUUCGACUGAUUGAUGCUUUCAAAGGAGCUGUCCUGCAUACGUUCGGGGGGUAUAACAACAGUAAGGCUGUCACGCUGGAGGCAUCCUUCACGCCAGACUCUCAGUUCAUCAUGAUAGGUUCAGAGGAUGGGAAGAUUCAUGUUUGGAAUGGGGAAAGCGGGAUGAAAGUGGCUGUGCUGGAUGGGAAACACACAGGUCCCAUAACCUGCCUGCAGUUCAACCCCAAAUUCAUGACUUUUGCUAGUGCAUGUUCCAAUAUGGCCUUUUGGUUGCCAACUAUUGAUGACUGAUUCCUACGCUGCAGCUGCUGCCAGGUGACAUCCCUAGCACUAACAGCAGCAUAUGCCUGCAAGGAUAAGUGUUGGAAUUGCUUAGCGCUCCUCGAUUGCUCCCACUCCUGUGUUAUGUUUCCAUAUGGCUUUCCUUUAUUUGCUGCAUUCCUCUGCAAGGACUCCUCCACUCAACCAUCUAGUAUGUUCAGAAGCAGCAUGCAACUUUUCCUUACCCUCCAGCCCAUUCCCACCUGAGGCUGGAACGGACAYGGUAAUUUUUUCUGAGCAAGGGAGUCCAGUUUAUUUAUAAAACGCUUGUGGCAGUUUAUAAUCUGUAAUUGUGUUCUCUUUUUCUUUCCUGUAAAUGUACAAUGUUGUUGAUGUUCCAAGGUUGAACAUGGAGGUUUUCCCCCUCACACAAGCACGUGUUCUGCCAUCAGGGAUCUUUGGUCUCAUUGUGGUCUACUGACACCAAGUUACUCCUGUGCCAAACAUGAACGCUGACUGUUUUUAACUCAAUCAGUAGAUGCUGGGUGCUUUUUGCAGCUGAACACGUGCUGAAAGUUUGUGAUUGUAAAUAAGCAUUACAUGGCCUGUUCAUCACUUUGUUGUUUUAGUGUGCAGCAAAAACAUCCAGGUUUUCUCCACUGCCAGAGCUUGAAGGAGCCUCCUUUGCUGUGGCAGCCUCUUCGAGGCACACGCGGUGCCGAGGAGGUCUGGUCAGUGCCCCAAGCAAUAAAGGAGCCUGACGGCAGCAAGAGGGAGAAACCAAGUGAAGAUUGAAACCAGUCUGCCCAUGUAUCUUCCUUAUGUAUCAUCUUGGCUGAUCUUACUUGUAAAUAUUGGCGGGGAGGAGGGAGGGUAGUGGGAAUGGGCCAUAUUUUUUUACUUUUAGAUAUUAAAGAAUAUGAUGUGGGCCAGUAUUGUGGGCUGUCUAGGCUGUUUACCUUCACCAAUGCAGUUGUCCCCUCCUGGAUUGUAAAUAAGCUCCAUUAAACCCGCUUUGGAGAGUUUAGAGCUGCCUCCCUCCCGUCGGUGGAAGCGGCGUGYCCUGUCGCGGGCUCUGCAGGCUCCCGGUGAGCAUUGGGGGAGCGACGCUUCUCCUGCCACGAGGAGCCUCCAGAAUUGAAUGCAAAAGCUGCCCCAUGUGCAGUCUGAGCCAGCUCCAAGUCAUCUCCCUUUGGGAGAUGAAGGAAACGCUUUCCUGCUCCAUGGGAGUUUGCUUGGGUAUGGUAUGAACCAGCUGGCAAGGCGGCYUUCAAGCCUGGCUCCUGAAGCACUGCUCCCAUCAGAGGCAUCUGGCAACAGGCUGGGCAAGGCUGGGGGUGAACGUGCUGUAUCCUUGUGUCCCUCCUUGGGCAAACACUCCUGGUUGGACUUGCCGGGUCAAGGUGCAAGGUGGGUGCUUUCCCUCACCUUGUCACAYGCACUUCCCCUCUCUUAUGCAAAAGAUUGGAAAGGUGACAAAACAAACGUGGAAAUGGGUGUGUUCUGUGUGCUCCGAGUAUCAGUCCAUACUCGGAACAGUCCCCUCCUGCUUUCCCUUAGGUCGCUGGCCUGGAUGUUCCACGUUAAGGCCAAGUUUCUCAGCUGUGGGGCCCUGUAUGUGAUGCAGCGCGUGCCUCCCUGGAGAAGUAAAUUAGCCUGUAGAGCAGCUUCCCGCUGUCUUGUUUCCCUUGCACUCUUACAGCACUUGUGGGAGCGUUUGGAGCUGAAGGACGAGUGUUUCCUCACGGCUGGUCCCUCUGGAGUCGUAGUGUGUGUCGAGCCGCCGCGGUCGCUUGUGACGGGCGCGCGGUGUCGUCUGCGGGACUGCUGAGCAUGAGGCGGCCCGCGGAGCCCUGUGCUUGGAUCUGGCCCUGUUCCUCUUGGGGCUUUGUGACCUCCCCCUGCCAGUGCCGCUCUCUGAUGGUGAGCGACAGUGUCGCUCUCUGAUGGUGGCGUGUGUGGUGUGUCAGUCUGCCAGAGGAGGGAAGAGCGGCCGGGCUGGCRAUGCCUGUGCUAUUGCCAAGCAGCUUCUGCUGCUGCAGUCGGAGGUUCCCCGGAGUCCCCAUCCCUGGUGUGCGUGUCCUGCCCUCGCCUCCRAAACGCCAGGGCAGAGGAGAGAGCRGUAGUUUGGUCCCCACCAAUGGCGAGGGCUCCCCAGCCAUUCCCGACCUCGCUCCUGCUGCAUCCCGGCUGCUGGCUGCUGUUCCUCCUCGUGUCUCUGAGCAGUGCUUCCUAGCACGCAGCUCCUUGGGGAUUGUGCRUUUUAACAGCUUGACCUUGGCCUUCAGUAGCAAACGGUCUUGCAACCUGGUCUGGUUGUGCCCAGUCCCUUCCCUAAGAAGUGAAGCGGCAGCCCCCGGCUGUGUUUUCCUUAACCUUCCCCAAGCAUUUGGGGCCCUUCUCUUUCUUAAAAACGUUCUUUGCUCAUGUUUUGCGCUGGCCUGAAGCSUCUUGUUCACUUCUCUUCUGCUUGCAGUGUUGUAAGUCUCUGUGCAUUGCAGCAUGAAAUGUUUUUUUUUCUCUUUAAUCCAAGUACUGAUCUAGAAGGACGCACAGAGUGAGAGCAUCGGUGGCUCUCUGGGGUGAAGAUAGAUUUACAGGUUCGUGCCCAAGGCAGCACCAACGUGCAGUUCAGGACUCGCCUGGGUGCUUUUCCAGGGCCUCUUGCCACCCAUGCAGUGGCCAGGAGCUCUUUUGGCUCACGUCAUGGUGAACGUCUCCCAUCCACCUGCAGAAGAUGGGAGUGUGCCGACUGUAGUUGGGAAAAUUCAGGACCACUUGGGUCUAUAAAAUUAAAUAGGACGGGAAGGUGAUUAAAGGUAUUAGCUUCCAACUCUUAUGUGCUUCUCUGGAAGUGUCAGGGCUGCAAUUUUUGUACUCUUAGGGUUGCCCAGAAGCAUCAAAACAUAAAAAAAUAGUCCUCGUGUAUCUGACAGCGCCCAGCCC